AUGUUUACCGAGUUUGAUUAUACCCAACGCUUGCCUUCACUUGAAGGUAGUUCCAGUGCUCCAAUCGGCCGGUCAGUGGCCGGCCUCACUUCUCAAUCUUGGCACCCCUUUGCACCCAAUUCCGUCCAGACCCAUUCACAGGCCUCAUCGUUUCACGGUCCCGGAGGUCAUCUAUUUCCCGUAUUUUCGGGAACAAUCGGACUGUACGGAAAUGAGUUCGGCUCGAACAGUACCACGAACAACGUUCCCAGCACGAACAACAAUGGCAGCACAAAUAGCACCACUCCCAUAACCAUUCCCUGCAGUCUUCUCGAUCCCCACGGCAAACCCGAUUCCCAGUUUGUUCAAGCAAAUAAUUAUGCAAAUCACGUAAACGCCGCGGCCGCCUCGGCCGCAGCCGCUGCGGCUGCACUGGCCGGAGCAAACACCGGGACUGGCGCCGUCACUCGGGUGCGUACGAGUUUGGGCAGUCCGCCGACUAGUGUGAAUGCUGUCGCUUCAGCAGCAGCAGCUGCUGCUGCUGCGGCAGCCGAACUUCAACCAAUCCGUCUCGAUUCACUCGGUCUGUCUGGAACAGGCGUUGGAAAUGGGGCCAGCACUACCCCCGUGCCUACCUAUCCUCCUUCCGCUGGCUCUUCCAAUUCCCAGUCGUCAACUCCUGCUCAUCAGACAUUUGGGUAUGGAUCUAAUGGAUCCUCAGUUUCCCAAUUGAAUGCAAGCAGCACUAAUUUGGCAGGCGGCCCGUUCUUUGAGGAAAACCCGAAGACAGUGAACAUCAAGCAGCGAUCGAAAAAGGAAAGCCAUAAUCGAAUCGAACGGAAGCGUCGGGAUUAUAUCAACUCCCAGAUCGUCUAUUUGAGCAGUCUUCUUCCUCCAGAACUCUAUCGAGACGUCGAUGGAAGACGAAACAAAGGCAGCGUACUUCGAUUAUCGGUUAACUAUAUUGUGGAACUUCGGGACGCUGUGUCUCGUAUGAAUGGCCUGAAGCAAGAAAAUGCCCUGGCUCAACAACUCAUCCCGCUUCUCUUGAAACGGAUUGAGACAUUAGAACAGAAUGCCGAAAUUCGGGCUAGCACCGGCUCGACUAAUUCACCACCAACCCCUUCACCCCGUGGAUCUGGCUCGUUUGAAUCACUCUAUCAAUCCUGGCUCCUUAUGACCGAAUCAAACCAACGAGCUAAUAACGGCGUUGCCAACUCAGGUACCCUAGGAACUGCUGGAUCAACCCGUUCAUCUGCUCCCGGUCGUCUGAGUCAGUCGUCUGGACAAUCCAGUUCGAUUGGGCCAGACACACCGUCAUUCUUCCCGGAUCUGAUGAUGCAAACCGCAACCACAGACGCGGAAAGUGAGGUCGAGUCGACCGGUGUUGGCAUAAUGCGUGUGACUGGUUCCGCCCCAUCCAAUCCUCAUAGAAGCAUGGUUAAUGUGAAACGAGAACAGUCGGAAGAAGAACAUCAACAACAACAACAACAACAGCAGCAGCAGCAACAACAACAACAGCACCGCCUGAGCGAUUCCGGCUCGGCUCGAAUGCGUGUGGACGCACGUCGUGUCGUGGUCGGUUGUUCCGGUCGACCUAGUUUCGGUGAAAUGUCGAAUCCCGAGCGAAUCGACGAGGAAGUCAGUCCCAUGGACAACGGAAUUUAUGAGAACCAACUUUCAGACUAUCCUCCUUCUGCGUUCAGCAUGCCCUUGGUACGACUUCAUCCUGAUAUAUUUUCAGCCUCACUCAUUUUGCUCACAUCUAAUUGA